AUGAGUGUGGCGAGUGCGACGCAAGAAUGCGUCAGUCCGCCACCGCCGGAACCACCGCCUCGAGAUUAUACGGACAUGUCGUUAAGUUUUCGUCAUGACAUCGAUAAUCAACAACAACAUCGUGUUGUUGUUGUCGAUAAUGACGAAGACGCAAUUGCGGACAAAUUCGCUGUCGAUGGUGAUGUGAAAAUUCGUGCUCGACUAGAGGCAUGUCGUCAAGGUAUGAUGCAGUUGGAUGCGCUGCGGUCGAAGCAUAUGAGACUUAUGCAGGUAAGGGGAUCGUUGGAGGUCGUGACAGUGUUGUGA